AUGUCAUCAAUAUACCCAAUCUCCGACAUCUUGCUUAUUCAGAGUGGUGGAAACGAACGCAAUUCAAAUUACCUGAAUAAGCUGGAAAGUGGGGACACAGGAGCCGUGCAGUCAGCAGCUCAUUCACUUGAGGACAAAAGAGUGUUGAGGCUAUGGUCAGAGACAGGCAUCAAAACUAAUGGUCAUUACCAAUUUCCCAUACCGUUCCGUAAUGAGAACACGGAACUCCCAAACAACAAGGCCGUGGCGCAGCGUCGACUAGAUGGGCUUCCAAGGAGACUAUCCAAGGACGCACGGCUGCAACAAGGAUACGUAGAGGAAAUAAAUAAACUGCUUGCUGAAGGAUAUGUUGAAUCAGUGCCUAAGUGCCAGUUGGAGUCAGAUACUGGACUGGUCUGGUAUCUGCCUCAUCACCCAGUGUUGAACCCAAAUAAGCCAAACAAAGUACGCAUAAUUUUUGACUGUGCAGCCAAACACAAAAGGACAUCGCUGAACGACCAGGUACUACAAGGUCCAGACUUCAACAACAAAUUACUUGGAGUCCUGUGUGGGUUUCGCCAAGGAACUACAGCCAUCAUGGCAGAUGUGGAGGCUAUGUACCAUCAAAUCCAUGUAGCGCCAGAACAUCGAGAUGCGUUAAGAUUCCUCUGGUAG